AGCACCUGCUGCAUCCAGCAUCAGACUCCAGGUGAAGCAGAUUCAGACUUUUUCAGGUCAUAAGGUUCCCUGCAGAGGAGAAGCAACAUGAUUCCAGUUUUCCUCUUUCUCCUCUUCCUCUCGAUGACAGCUGUUCCACUGAGAGCAGCUGACAAUGAAAACCAAAUUGAUGAGAACACAGAUCCCACUGAGGUCAUCUCCAAAGCAAAUGCCGACAUAAAGACACCACUCAUCUUUGGUGACAUUGCACCGAGCAGAAAGAGGAAUGCAGUACCAUGCACAGCAACGGGCUGCAAAUGGCCCAAAUCUGGAAGUUAUGUCUAUAUUCCCAUCUACAUUUCCAAUCAGUACUCAGGAAAAGAACACAACUUUAGGAAAGUGAAUACUAACAACCAAGGGACUGGCUAUGACUUCAACUCGGUUAUGCAUUACUCUAACACUGCCUUUUCUAGAAAUGGCCAACCAACAAUAAUUUCUAAAGAUAAUCCUAGCCUCAGUUUUGGAAGGGCAGCAUCAAUGAGCGCCACUGACAUUGCCCGCAUCAACAAACUUUACGGAUGCUGAAUCAACCUCCAGAAACUUCACCUUGCCAGCGAUAUCCCUGACCUGCUCUGAUCUUCUCCUCACACAGAAUCUAAGCGUAAAGUUUUAG